CAUGAUUGCUUUCGGUUAAGCAGUAAUGGGGCUCUCAUAGUGGAAGUUUAUUAACGGGAAAGUUUUUAGUGUUUGAUUUGACGCAAAACCAAGUUGUCAAACUUUUUAUUGUUCAGGUUGGGUUUGUCGAUUCAUUCUAGUAAAAAUUUUUAGAGCACAAAACUACGUUUUGAUAAAUUGAGACAAAAUUAUUCAAAAGAGCCAUGAACCAAGAGGACAACAAUGAACCUUCCAUUGAUGGAUGUAUCCAGGUCGCGUUUGGCGCCCGAGUGCGAGAGCAACCAGAAACUGCCAAAAAUUGCGCCAAGGCCUGUUUUAAUCUUUGUGGUAAGCCAAGCUUUAUCGUCUGCAAGGGCAAGAAAUCUCCGGAUCUCAUAGAGGUCGACAGUGAGUCAGAUCUCCGAAAGGUGCCGCCGAUAAAAUUCUCUUAUGAAGAUACUUCCUUGAGGGUGCAAGACAUUAUUGAAUGUCAGGAGAACAUCAUUAGAACCGUGGAGGGUGCCCAGAAAAAGAUCAUCGAAGAAACAAAUUCCAAGUAAAUAAUGCAUUUAAUGACGAUAUCGCAAAUUGUAUUACGCCAAAGAUUGGAAUUCAUCUGCAAGGGCAUUUCACAAGAAAUUUUUUUAUGUACAUACACUUGUAUGUAUGUACAUAUUUCGGUAAUGGCCGCUGGAUUUUAAACAUUUAAGCUAUUUGCUUUAUUCGAUUGGAUUUAACAAUAUAUAGUAUUUAUGAAGA